AUGUUUACACCGGCCUUGCUCACGGCGCAUAACUGCGUCGGACACGUCCAUCUGAUCCUCGGUUCUGGACCUCUUGCUGCCGCACGGUGCACAAAAUCCCUCGAGGUUGGCGCUCGACCGGUCGUUGUGUUCCCAGACACCGAGCAACCCCACUUCACGCUUGCUGCAGCCAUUGAGCAGGGUCGAGUGUCCUGGAUUCGACGGGACUUUGAAGAGCAGGACCUGAAGACAUGGGGAAGAGAAGAUGUAGACGGCUAUGUGGACGCGGUGUUUGUCACUCUCCCGGUGAAAGACCCUCGCAGCUCUCAGGUGUCCAGCCUCUGCAAGCGCAUGCGGAUACCGGUCAAUGUCGUGGAUGCGCCAAAUCUGUGCACCUUCACGCUCUUGUCGACGUACUCAGAUGGCCCACUCCAAAUUGGUAUAACCACAUCGGGCAACGGCUGCAAGCUGUCGUCGCGCAUUCGACGUGAGAUUGUGGCCACCCUGCCUCCCAAGUUUGGUGCUGCUGUCGAGAGACUUGGAACCGUGCGGAGACGGAUAUGGGCAGAGGACUACAAGUUGAACGCCUCGAAUCCCGCAGAGGUACCCGAUGCUGAAGGUGAAGAUGAAGAAGCGGCGGCGCAGAAACACACCUUCAACUUAUUGGUGAAGGAGGACGAUCGGGAUCCAGCUGUUUUGCGCACUCGUCGUAUGAGAUGGCUCUCGCAGAUAUGCGAGUACUGGCCCCUCAGUCGACUUGCUGCAGUCACCGACGCCGACGUGGCUACGAUUCUGGAAGCCUACAGAACCACGGCUCAAACUCCCGCCCCUGGUGGUGACAAUACCUCGAGUCUACUCCCGCCGCUACCUCAUCGCAGAGGCACGAUAACUUUGGCGGGAUCCGGCCCGGGGCAUCCCUCUCUGCUGACGAUUGCCACCCGGACAGCCAUCGAGACAGCCCAUGUCAUUUUGGCCGACAAGCUUGUUCCUGCUGAGAUCCUAGCUCUCAUCCCUCGGAGGACGCCUGUCCAUAUCGCCCGAAAGUUCCCCGGCAACGCGGACGCAGCACAGGAGGAGAUGCUGCAGAUGGGGCUCGAGGCCAUUCAACAAGGGAAGGAUGUGCUCCGACUGAAGCAAGGUGAUCCUUAUUUGUACGGUCGCGGCGCCGAAGAGGUGACGUUCUUUCGGGAGCGGGGGUUCGAGGUCAGGGUGAUACCUGGCAUCACGAGCGCCCUCUCGGCACCCUUAUUCGCGGAUGUCCCAAUAACUCACCGAGCUGUUGCCGACCAAGUUGUCAUCUGUACCGGCACCGGGAGAAAGGGAGCUGCGCCCGAACCACCAUCGUACAGAAAGACCAAGACCGUGGUAUUCCUGAUGGCGCUGCACAGAUUGGAGAGUCUGGUCAAAAGUCUGACGCAAGCUUCGGACGAUCUGCACCGGGAAGCGACUGGACGAGUCCUCUGGCCCUCGAGCACACCGUGUGCAGUGGUUGAACGAGCUAGCUGUCCAGAUCAGAGGGUGAUCCGGUCGACUCUGCAGCAUGUCUGUCAGGCCGUGGAGGAGGAAGGAUCUCGACCACCGGGCUUGCUAGUGGUGGGCCAUUCUUGCGAAGUCUUGUACAAGCCCGAUCAAGACAAGAGAUGGAGAGUUGAAGAAGGAUAUAGAGGUCUGGAAGCCAGCGGAGCCGCUGCUUCGGAGUUAGAUAUACUCAAAGCGUUGGGAAAUGUGCCCUCGACGGAGAUCAAGGAGCGGCCCAGGGUCGAUGGGAACCCGCAUCCUGCUCUGACGACGUGA